UUUCAUUCCUCCUCUCUCUCUCUGUUCUUUCCCCCUCCCUCUGGUUCUGGUCAGUCAAUGAGAGCUUCGCAGAGACCUCUGCACCGGCCGAGAGAGAAAGUCAUCACAGCUCCGAGCAGGGGGAAAAACCCUGAGGUCCAAAGGAGCGGAGGGAGGGAAAACCACCAGUGAAUGUCUGUGAAACAAAGAGACGGCAGCUGACAGAAAUUCCUUUGACCUGCAGCACAAGUUCUACUGAUCUCAGCAUCUUUUAAAACCCUCUGAAAAUCUUGGAAAAAGUCGGCAUCAGUUCGGCCGAACAAACCUUUUCAAUCAGCUCGGAUUUCCUGAGCAUCUUUCCCUUCCCUCGUUUUCCUAAACAACCAGAGGGACUGUUUUUCUGGUCCGACCACAGAGAUGCUUCCCUUCGUCCCCUCCCUCCUCCUCAUCCUCCUCCUGGCUGGUCCAGCCCUCCUGACCCCAUCAACCUCUCAGGAGCUUCAGGUCAGAGGUCACAGGACACCAAGGGACACCAAGCAGGACUCCAUCAAGGUGGUGAUCUCCGAGGGCUGUGCCACUCAGGGUGAUUCCUCCGACGCCAGUCAUGGAGGUAAAGAGAUCGACCUGGCUCCUGGUUCUCCUCUGGUCCUGACCCACAAAAUCAAACUGGUUCCAUCGGGUUCAGGAUCAGGGUCCGGGUCUUGUGGCUGCGAGGCGGACUUUGCUGCCCUUCGGGAGCGUCUGGAGAGGCUGGAGAGGGAGGUGUCGGCCCUCAGAGAGAAAUGUGGAGGAGCUGAGGGCGGCUGCUGCACCUCCAAGGAGAGCAAAGGUGCCGGCUGCUCCAUCAAACCAGACGUGGACGAGUGUCCCAACGAGUGCAGCGAUCAGGGUCGCUGUGUGGACGGCAAGUGUGUGUGUUUCCCUGGUUUCAGUGGACCGGACUGCAGCGAAUCCAACUGUCCUGGAAACUGCAACGACAACGGGAGGUGUGUGAACGGACAGUGUGUGUGCGAUCCUGGGUUCACCGGACCAGACUGCUCCAAGAGGGCCUGCCCUAGCAACUGCAAUGAUCGUGGACGGUGUGUUAAUGGUAAAUGUGUUUGUGACAGAGGAUUCACUGGUGCAGACUGCUCUGAGAAUUCGUGCCCAGGGAACUGCAACAACAGGGGGCGCUGCGUUAAUGGACAGUGCGUCUGUAACCCUGGAUUCACUGGACCGGAUUGCUCCAAAAAAGCCUGUCCUGAUAACUGCAGCAACCGAGGCAGGUGUGUUAAUGGCAAAUGUGUUUGCGACAGCGGCUUCUCUGGUGUGGACUGCUCUGAAAUUGCCUGUCCUGGAAACUGCAACAACAGGGGGCGCUGUGUUAACGGUCAGUGUGUUUGCAGUGAUGGAUUCAGUGGCUCAGAUUGCUCUGAGAGCACAUGUCCUAAUGACUGCAGUGACCAUGGCAGGUGUGUUGACGGCAAAUGUGUUUGCGACAGCGGUUUCACCGGUGACGACUGCUCUGAAAACUCCUGUCCAGGAAACUGCAACAACAGGGGGCGCUGCGUUAACGGUCAGUGCGUUUGCGAUGAUGGAUUCACAGGCACGGACUGCUCUGAAAAAGCUUGUCCCAACAACUGCAGCAACCGCGGGAAGUGUGUGAACGGGAAGUGUGUCUGCAAUGUUGGCUUCGCUGGACCAGACUGCUCCGCCAAAGGCUGUCCUAAUAACUGCAACAACAAAGGCAGGUGCGUCAAAGGGAGGUGUAUGUGCCGGCGUGGGUUCACCGGACAGGACUGCAGCCUGUGUGAGGAAGGGAUGACUGGACCCAACUGUGAUACAGACAUGUCAGGUGUUCCCCAGCUGAGUACUCAGGACAUCACAGAGACGUCUGUCACCCUGCUGUGGACUCCGCCUCCUGUGCAGUAUGAGACGUACCACAUCAGCUUCACCAACCAGAAGGAGAGCGACCAGCAGAUAACCACCCAGGUGGAGGGCAGCCUGACCACCUUCACUCAGACCGGACUGGCAGCCGGUCAGGAGUAUACCGUCACCAUCACCGGAGAAAUCGACGGCAGGAGGGGAGCCGCGAGCUCCACCGAAUUCAUGACCCUCAUCUCGGGACCCACAAACCUCCAGGUCGUCAAGACGACCUCGACGUCUGCAGUGGUCCAGUGGGAGAAGUCGCAGGGUGAGAUUGACAGGUACCGUUUGACGGCCACACCCAGCGACGGAACAGGGAGGAGUCAAGAAAUGACCGUCCCAGUUGACCAAAACUCCGCCCACAUUCUGCAGCUGGAGGCGGGGCGUUUGUACGACAUCAUCCUCGUGGCGGAGAAGGGCACGAGUCGGAGCAAACCAGCAACCACCCAGGCAGUUCCUGCUUUAGUGGAGACAUUACCAAGGGUUAUCACAGAAGCUUUGACCAAGCAGGUCACACUGGCACCUGGACAAGAUGUGGACCCAUCAGCUGGGGGUCAAGUCUUUGACCAACAGGGAAGGCGGGAGGUUGAAACAGAGGCCAACGCUGUAAAAGCUGGAGAUCGACAUAGUGAAGAUUCUUUGCCCUUUGUGAUUGCAAGGACAAAACCUCUGGUCAGCAGGACGAUGGCCACAAAUGGCACCAGGCCCAAACUUGCUAACAGGUUCACAUUGUCUAGGAAGCCAAAAGACCCAGGUCCUUUCCGUUUUUCAAAAGACAGAGUUGUCCCCGGGGGAAGAAAGGUUGGCCCAGGCCCUCUGAAAAAAACCCUCAUGGGGGAGAAAGCACCAAUAGUGCCCAAAAAACCUAAACCAGGUGCCUCCAGAAUAGGAAACAGGACAAUGGCUUUGACUGUGAGAGAACGUAGCACUGAACCAUCGAGCACUGAGAGGAGGGAAGACAAAGAUCCAGCUAUAAUGUCUGGAAUUGAUUCAGAAACAGACAGACAAAGUAGCUUGGAGGAACCAAAAGAGCAACCAGAUGUUGGCAUGGCAGGCCAAGGAAAUGACACUGCUCCAGUGUCUUCAGAGCCAACUGGGACUGUUCAAAGCCAGGAGAAGAAAUGUCUGAACAAAAUUAAAGUUCCGCACAUGCGAUUACCCCAUAAGGACGGAGGCAACGGGUGUAGAGGGGACGGGACAGUGCUGGUAGGAAACACACUGGGUUCAGAUCAAGGUUCCUUUGAAACAGAAAGUAGACCAUCUACACCCCCUUCGGAUAUGAAACCCUCGUCUGCAGAGACAGACCUUGACUAUACACCAGACCCUCUGCUUAAACUGUUGACAGACACUUGGGACAGUCUGAAUAUCACAACGUUCUCUGUUCACCUGUCCAAACCAUCAAACCUCUCUGCUGAUUCAGACACUGUGAGGAGGCAGAUUUUAAUGGGACUGAAGCCGCUGUCAUCGUUCUCGUCCUCUUCAUCAUCCUCAUCAACCUCACAAUCAUCACAUUCAUCAGGCUCACAAUCAUCAUCAUCAUCUUUAUUGUCUUUAACAUCACCUUCACAAGCUUCACCCUCAUCAACAGCAGCACCAUCAUCAUCACUAACAUAUUUGUUUUCAUCUUCACCCUCAUCAUCACUGUCACCUCCAUCACCAUCCUCCUCCAGCUCAGAUAAAUCAGAAUCAUUUGGGAGCAAUGAACUAGAUGCUGAUAACAGCAGAAGCACCACUGACACUGCAGCACCAGAGGAAAGGAAACAACCACCCUCAGGAGAAGAUGGCGUGCCUCUUCUCCGACACACACCUCCAAAACCUGGCUUCAUGCGUCGUCCACACCCAAACCUUGGUUCAUUUCAGAACAAAACAUUUAGAAAUUUGAGAGUUCCUCACCGUUCCCCUCUUCAUUUCAACGUUAGCCCUAGAAGAGUAACAGAGGUCAGACAUACAUCCACAAACAAAUCAUCAUCUUCAUCUGCUUCAGAGGAAUCAUCCUCAGUUGAGGUAAAUACUUCAGUCAGGGAUGCAAGUUUGGACAAAGAUGGGGCAACCACACCUGCUUCCUCUGUAGUUGAACAAAACCAGAAAAAGAUGCAGACAGAAAGAGGACGAAUACCAGUUCGCCGUCCUCCUCUAAAGGGUGGGUAUGUGCGUCGCCACUUUCCAAACAUGGGACAUCUUCAGAACCGAACUCAUCCAAGUUCGCGGCUCUUGACUCACCCCACUCGACCUUUAAAUCCCAAAACUGAGACACAGAAAGAGCAGAUAUCUCCCAGUGAAUUGCCAGCCACUUCAUCUCCUCCUGUUUCCAAAGAAUCCUAUCCAGCUGAAGAUACAGAACCAAUAAGAGAACAGAAUGGGAUGAGAAUCUCCACAACAAGCACUUCCAAUGGGUCAAAUCAGACUCUCAGAGGUAGAGGAGUGCCUUCUUCCCAUCGCCCUGGCACCAAAGAUGGUUACUUCCGUCGCCCCCAACUGCAUGGUGGAGCUUUCCUAAACAAAACGCGUCCAAACCUGAGACUGCCUCAGUAUCCACGUAGAGGUCUCAUGCACAAACCUUUCCCAAUCAGAAAGCUAAAUGGAGGUACUACUAUUACUGAUGUUAGUCAAACUAGCCAACUAGCAAAGGACAGUACCCCAGAAAUACCAGAUGUCCAAUCAGGACAGCAGGAUGUCCCCAGGCCCACCCAGGGAGUCCAAAUUAGACAAGCAGAAAAACAAGAAACUGCAGAAGUCGAUCCAAGUGCCUCGAUGGAUGGUUAUAAUGCUACCAUCAGACCACAGAUUAAUGAAUUAGAGAAAGGGGGCAGUGCCCCAAUCCAAACUACCAAAUUUGGGGAAGAAGAAACUAGUACAGCAGAUUCUAAUUUUGAUCCUGACAUCCAUAAACAGAGUGUUGAUGCUGGUAAAAGUACUGUCCCUGCAGUCCGAGGUAGACCAACUUUCAAACAAACUUCUCCAAGAGCCUCAAGACCUGUCACACUUCCCAAGAGACAAUCACCAUCAAGAAGUAUAACAGGACAACAUCGCACCCAGAUGAAGCAGUACAUCAGUGGGAGCCAAAAGGGAGAGGAUCCAAUAACUAAUCAUACUGCAAAAAGAAUGUUUGACAGUAAAACGGGACUGACAAGAAAUGCUGCUUCCAAACCUCCAAUCACUUCAGAUAUUUCCUCUACUGGAGUCAGAAGGGAACCUCUGGACUACGUGGGAGUGACAAACCGGACCUCAGAGGGAUUUACACUCAAAUGGGACUCACCAGAAGGAAAGUACAAAAACUUUGUUGUGACUAGGAAACAAGUUGGAAAAGAUGCAAGGGCAAAGCAGAAGGAAAGCAACAAAGAUCAGGAAAGACAAGAAGAAUACUCUGAGACAGAGGGCGGCAGUGAAGACGAAGAAGAGAAGCAUCAACCAACCACAGAACCAAAAUCUGAAAACAGGAGCACCGAAGAUGAAAACACAAUACCUGAAAGGGUCGUUACACAUACUACAAAGAAACAAAGCAGCACAGCAGUCAAAUCUGCAUCAGGAAGUGACACAACCGUCAAAGAAGUUCUUCCUGGUUCCGCUCGCUCCCUCCGGUUUGAGGAUCUGCCUCCUCAGACCGAGUACACCGUGACCUUGCUUGGAAAGGGUCCUGGCCUUCUGUCCAGACUGCACAAGCUUGUCAUCAGUACAGGCCCAGAGCCUCCAACCAACAUAGCCUUCAGUAAGGUGACAGAAAACUCUCUGACGGUGUCCUGGACCAAACCGAAGAGCGCCGUCAGCGGUUUCAAAGUCACCUACACCCAUGCUGAGGACGGAGAGCCGGUGUCGGUGUCCCUGGACUCGAAGGACUCCACCCUCGGCCUGUCGCAGCUCUCUCCUGGUUCUACUUACGAAGUCAGCAUCAUCUCCAUCCUCGGUCUGGACGAGAGCGAUCCAAUCAAAGACACUGUCAUGACACUCCCUGACCCGCCUACAGAUCUCCGAGCCGUAAACAUCACUGACACCAAGGCCUUGUUACUGUGGCGUCCAGCGUUGGCCACCAUCGAUCGGUACGCCAUCGUUUAUGGCUCGGGCACAGAUUCAGAGGUGAGGAUCACGGUGUCCGGGAACGCAGCGGAGCAGCAGCUGACUGGUCUGGAAGGAUCCACCACCUACACCGUCACCAUAACCAGCCAGCUGGGCAGCCUGGAGAGCUCACCAGCCACCACCAGCUUUACUACCACCGGUGGCUCUGGGAGGGACAGGGACGGGCCGCGAGAUCUCCAGGCCAACAAUGUGACCCCUCGCACUGCCCUGUUGUCAUGGAAACCACCCUCAAAGCCUGCUGGUAGCUACAGGCUGACCUAUCAGACUGAAGGUCACGAGAUGAAGGAAGUGAUGGUGGAUGCCUCAGUGACGGAGUACAACCUGACCAGACUUUACCCUGGAUCCAAGUACACGGUGCAUCUACAGGCUGAGGGAGGAGGGCGAUACACCUCCGCCAUUUCCACAGAGUUCACCACCGGACCACUGAGGUUCCCCUUCCCCACCGACUGCUCUCAGGAGCUGCUGAACGGCGUCAGGAUGUCAGGCGAGGUGGAGAUUUUCCCUCAGGGGAAACAGGGGACACCCAUGAUGGUUUACUGUGACAUGGAGACAGACGGAGGAGGCUGGACGGUCUUCCAGAGGAGGAAGGACGGCUCGGUGGAUUUCUUCAAAGGCUGGAAGGAGUACGUGAACGGAUUUGGAGAUCUGAGUGGGGAGUUUUGGCUCGGCCUCAACAGUCUGCACAACCUGACAGCAAUGAGCAGGAUGAGUCUGCGCGUUGACCUGCGAGACGCCGUCGAAUCAGUGUUUGCCAAAUACUCUGUGUUCGAGGUGGCCAAGAGGAACUACAGACUGACCGUGGGCGGGUACAGUGGCACCGCAGGUGACUCCCUCAGCUACCACAACAACCGGGUCUUCUCCACCAAAGACCGGGACCCGGCACCGUUCAUCACCCGCUGCGCCAUGUCGUACCGAGGAGGCUGGUGGUACAAAAACUGCCACGAGGCAAACCUCAAUGGCCUGUACGGCAUCGACGUCAAACACCAGGGUGUGAUCUGGACCGCCUGGAAAGGUAAAGAGCACUCCAUCCCAUUCACUGAGAUGAAGAUGAGACCAACAUCCUUCAGUCCUCCAGCCAGAGGAUGAAAGAGAGAGAGGGACAAAUAAUGAACUGUUUAACACACACACACACACACACACACACACACACACACACACACACACACACACACACACACUUACAGAGUGCACACACCCUCUUCGUUCUCGCCUCAGAAGUGACAGACGUAUUUUUUCAUUUGUAUAGAGGUCAGUUAUCAGUAUAUUACUGUUGAUUGUACAGUUUCUUCUUUUUAUCUUUCGAUUUUAAACUUUCUCUAUAUUUAAAGGGUCAGUUCACCCAAAUUACACAAAAGCAUUUCCUCACUGCCUGUGCUGAUAGUUGUGUGUGAAGAAUUAGGCAAAAAAAGCAGAAAAAGCAAAAAUCCUGUGAUACAGUUCAGGCAGACAGUGCUCCUUCGUCCCUGGUGUUUGCAGCACUUUUGUCAUUUUUUGUCUCCGUGCUAAUAAAAACUGUCUGCACACGCGGGCUUUUCAUUAUGUUUGAUGUUAAUAAAUAACACGCUACGUGGCCAAAGUUGUGCACACAGUAGAAUACAGAAUCAUUAUUAUACAGAGCAUUCUGUUUUCUCUUUUCUGUUUUCUGUUGCUGUGGAGAAAAAAAAUGUGUGUCUUAAAAAUGUUUAAUUUUCAAGAACUAAUAAAA